AUGGCUUCAAUGAUCUCUUCAUGCGUUUGUGAAUACAUGGGGCCGUUUAAGAAUGAACUCACCGUAGUUACGGGAUACUCUGAAAAACAAAUUUCUCAAAUUUUAGAAAAUUUUCUUCAAGAGAAACUCCCAGAAUCUGUUAUUGAAAAUUCCGGAAUAUGUCAAAAUUGUUUCAUAAAAUUCAACGAGUAUGAUGAACAUCAAACCAUGGCUCAACAGAUUCAGAAAGAACUUCUUGGGAUGUAUUUUCAAACACCAACUGCUUACACAACUUACAAUAUUAAGGAAGUGAAGAUUGAAAAAGAAGAAAUACUUUACGAAGAAAUAGAAAAUGUUAGUGGCACUAUCGUUGAAGAAAUUGAAGUUGACUUCCCCGAAUAUAGUAAAAAGUAUGUGCCCAAAAAGAAAACCCCUAAGGUUGAAAAUAAAACAAAUAAAUCAUCAUCAGUUCUGGUGCAACCAAGAAAAACAAGCUACUCAAGAAAAGAAAAAGAUAAAGAUGAGGGAUUAAUAGUAAUUAUGGUGAACGGUAUGAAGCGUUAUCAAUGCGAAUUUUGUGGCAAGAAAGAAUUCAAUUCACGAUCAAGAUUAAAAACGCACAGAUUAAUUCACACAUCUGAGAGAAAUUUUAUGUGUCAAACAUGCGGUGCAAGUUUUAAAACACUAAAUUGUUUGAAAAAUCAUUCGAGACUACAUAACAAUAUCUUUUAUUAUUGUGACCUGUGCCCAUCUCGAUUCAAAGGAAAACAUGAACUUCGUUGUCAUAUGGAUGCAAUUCAUUUAGGGAGAAAGGAUCAUAUAUGUCAAAUUUGUGGGAAAGCUUUUUCAAGAGAUAAAACGCUUCGACAGCACUUGAUGUAUCAUCUCAAUGAACGAAAUAUUGUUUGUGAAGUUUGUGGCUUCAAAACUGUGAACAGACCAAAGAUGGCAAGACAUAUGAAAUCACAUACUGGAGAAAGAAAUUAUGAGUGCUCAAUUUGUGGGAAAAGAUUUUUAUACAGCUAUAAUGUCACUGCGCAUAUAAAACACGUCCAUUAUCAUGAGAAACGACCAACAACAAACGAAGAAAAAUUAACUUGUACAGUCUGUGGAAAGAUUCAGAAAAAAAUUCAUACGAUGUAUUUUCAAGCACAAAAAGCUUGCACAGAUUACAGUUUUGAGGAUGGAACAAGCAUUGAAACUGAGGAGAAAGAAAAUAUUGGUGACGCUAUCGUUGAAAUUGAAGUUGAAUUACCUGAAAAGAUUAAAAACUAUAAACCAAGCUACUCGCGAAAAGAAAAAGAUAAAGAUAAGGGAUUGAUAGUAAUUAUGGUGGACGGCAUGAAGCGUUACCAAUGUGAGAUUUGUGGCAAGAAUAUAUUCAAAGCACGAAAAAAUUUAGCAAGGCACAAAUUAAUUCACACAUCUGAACGCAAUUUUAUUUGUAAAUUAUGUGGAGCAAGUUUUAAAACAUCAAAAAAUUUAAGAAGCCAUACGAAACGUCAUGAAAAUAUCUUUUAUUACUGUAACCUGUGCCCAUUUCGAUCCAAAGGAAAACAUGAACUUCGUUGUCAUAUGGAUGCAAUUCAUUUAAUGAGAAAGGAUCAUAUAUGUCAAAUUUGUGGAAAAGCUUUUUCAAGAGAUAACACACUUCGACAGCACGUGAAGUAUCAUAAAAAUGAACGAAAUAUUGUUUGUGAUGUUUGUGGCUUCAAAACUGCAUACAGUCUUGAAAAUUGUUUUAUUUGCUGCGGAUUUAUGGGAUCCUUUAAAAAUGAAUUAACCGAGUCAACAGGAUUUUCUGAGAAAACCAUAUACCAGUUAAUAGAAAAUUUCACGAACAUAAAUUUAUCUCAAGAGAUCAUUGAUGAAGCUGGAAUUUGUCAGAAUUGUUUAAUAAAAUUCAAUGAGUACGAUGAACACAGGUCUGUUGCAGAACAAAUUCAAGCUGAGCUGUCUUCACUGUUCCAAAAUACUUGUGAAGCUUAUGGUAAUAAUAUAAAACAAGAAAAACAGGAUACGUGGGAAGAUCAAUUCCAUGCACAAGAAGAGAUCAAUAAUUCUAUUGACACUUAUGAAGCUUCUCAAAUUUCAAAUGAAUAUAUUGCUGAAAUGUGUAUGGAAUCAGCAGAAGAAGGAAGUUAUCCAAAAAAUGAAAAAAUCAUGACUACUCUAGGGGACAAUGAAUCUAAGCUUGUUCCCUUCUUGAAAGAAAAGAGCUCAACAUUUGAAAAAAUCAAUAAAAAAGUUCAUCAAUUAGAAAAAAGGGAUUAUAUUUGUCAAAUCUGUGAAAAAGCUUUCUUAGAAUCUAAAACACUCCGACGGCAUAUGAAGUAUCAUCUUAUUGAACGAAAUAUUUGCGAACUUUGUGGUUUUAAAACUUUCGAAAGAGCAAACAUGACAAGACACAUGAAAUCACAUACCCGAGAAAGAAAUCAUGAGAUAGGUACCUACAUGAAAUCGUUAAAGCUAAUGAAGAAAAUGUCAUUAAAACAAAAAAAUUUCACGAACAUAAAUUUAUCUCAAGAGAUCAUUGAUGAAGCUGGAAUUUGUCAGAAUUGUUUAAUAAAAUUCAAUGAGUACGAUGAACACAGGUCUGUUGCAGAACAAAUUCAAGCUGAGCUGUCUUCACUGUUCCAAAAUACUUGUGAAGCUUAUGGUAAUAAUAUAAAACAAGAAAAACAGGAUACGUGGGAAGAUCAAUUCCAUGCACAAGAAGAGAUCAAUAAUUCUAUUGACACUUAUGAAGCUUCUCAAAUUUCAAAUGAAUGCAUUGCUGAAAUGUAUAUGGAAUCAGCAGAAGAAGGAAGUUAUCCAAAAAAUGAAUAUAUUAUAAGUACACUAUGGGAUGAUGAUUCCAAACGUGUUCCCUUCUUGAAAGAAAAGAGCUCAACAUUUGAAGAGACUGAAAGCAAAAAAAAAAAUCAUCAAUGUGAAAUUUGUUUCAAAACAUUUAAAGAGAAAAGCAAACUAAGGACACACCGUUUAAUUCAUACUACAGUUCGUAAUGUUAUUUGUCCGAUUUGUAGCAAAGCCUUCAAAACGCAAGCUUGUCUACGUGCUCACAAACGAGUUCACAAUCCAACUUAUGUUUAUUGCGAUUAUUGUGGUAAAAGUUACACUCAAAAGCCUGAAUUAUCUCGUCACAUGAAAUUCGCACAUUUUAAUAUUCGUGAUUUUUCAUGCGAGUUUUGUUCAGCAACAUUCGCUACAAAAAGUCAUCUAACAGCACAUAGAUCAACACACACUGGACUCGACUACAAAACUAUUGUUUGUGAAGUUUGCGAUAUCACUUUCCUUACAAAAGCAAAACUUGAUCGACAUAUGAAAAGUCACACAGGCGAAAGAAACUUUGAGUGUUCGAUUUGUGAUAAAAAAUUCUUAUACAGCUAUAAUGUUACUGCACAUAUAAAGCAUGUGCACUAUCGAGAGAAAAGGAAAAGUGUCAACCGAGAAUGCUCAAUUUGUUCAAAGAAAUUCUUUAAAGUGUGGAAGCUUCGUGAACAUCUGAGAGAUGAGCAUAACGUUAUGGAAACUGACAAUGUAAUUUGAGAACAUAAAAAUAUUUCUUAGUAAUAAAUUAAAUUUUUAUGUAAAAAUUUCGUUCAAAAAAAAAAUGAGGAAAAGAGAAAAUAAUAAAUCAGGUAGAGAAAUGAAUCGAGACAGAUCCAAAUAUUUGAUCGACCAUCAAUAUUUAAAUACUCAUAUUUGAAAGAGAGAAAUAAAAAAAGCAGCCUGACAAUUCCUUUUCUUUUAUAUUUGAUUUUCUUAUCAGCUUAGGUCAACAAAAGUCUGUAGAGGAAAAUUUCAGUCAAUAAACUGCUGAGACCUACGAAAACGAUACGCUUGCUGUUGAAAGGUCAGAAGUUUAUGUUUGUUACAUGUUUGCAACGAGUUGUUCCAUUUUUGUCUGAGGCAAUCUGAAAAAUUCCCAACCUUCCAAUGCUGUUAAAUUCGUUGCACCAAGUGACUCGUAAAAUGUUUUCGCAGGAUUCCAACUAAGAACAUGAAAGUCGAAACGACUACAAUGCUCAUCGAGAGCGAAUUUUACAUUAGUUGUGAAAAGCUUUUUACCAACACCAAGCUUUCGAUAAUCUGGCUUGACGUAAAUGUCUUCAAGAAAGUAAGAUUUGCCUUGCCAUGUGCUGUAUGAGAAGUAAGAAAUCGAAUAACCAACAAGUUUUAAUUGAUUCUCAUUGUCAUUAUAUUCAGCAACGAAACUGUAGAAAAGUUGAUUAUUCGAUGAUCCAUCAAGAUUUCCAUCACGUAUCAAAUCAGCUGCUUUCAAUUUAGGACCAUCAGACAUGUUCUCAAAGUCAGCCAAUUCCUAUGAAAACAUUUCCAAUAUUUGUGCGACGUCACUUAAAGUCGCUCUUCGAACUUUCACAUUGUUCGCAUUCAUUUUAUUAAAGUCCUUUGAACACAAAUAUUUAAAUGUAAAUUUUAUUUUAUUCAAUUUUUUCAGAAGCUUCCGACA